UUCAUCCUCCCCCACUCCCCGGCCUCUCUCCGCUCUUCUGCCGCUGAUAGCCUGAUAGCUUGGUCGGAAAACGAGGGUGCCAUUUGGCGCAGUAUUGAGAUCCAUCUGUCGAACAAAGGGCGUCCAGAUUAUUUACCAUCGUGUUUGUGAAUUUGAUUUAAUACAUUUCUCCGCCGAAUAUUCACAAUGAGCUCAAUCAACGUGAAGAAGCUGAAAGUGAACGAGCUGAAGGACGAGCUGAAGAAGCGGGAUCUCUCGGAUAAAGGGCUGAAGGCCGAGCUCAUGGACCGGCUGCAGGCCGCGCUGGACGAGGAGGCCCUGGCCGGAGACUCCCCGAGAACACUGGACACUGCGGCUGCAGAGGGCUCUGGACAGGAGGGCAUGGGAGAGGAAGAAGAGGGCGAAGGCCCGGUGGAAGAAAGCAUGGAGGCCAACGAGGAGGAGGAGGAGGAAGAAGAAGAAGAAGCAGAAGCAGAAGCAGAGCCGGAAAAUGGGGGCGACGGUGAUGGCGCUGCCGUGGACGAAGAGAUGGGUGAGGGGGAAGAGGAAGGAGACGAGGACGAUGAGAUGGAUCCCAUGCUCAAGGGAGAUGUGGACGACAUGGAGAAGAUCGAGGCAGAGGAUGGUGAUGGUGAGCCCGCGGAGCAGGAGCAGGCUGCAGAGGGGGAUGCGGACAAAGACACGAAUGCUGAUCAGAAGAAUAAGAAGGGUGUUAAGAGACGCCGGGAGGAACAUGGAAGGGGCUACUUUGAAUUUAUUGAAGAGAACAAAUACAGCUGGGCCUCUUUCAAGUCUCCUGUGCCACCACUGGAGGAAGAAGAUGAGGAAUUUGAUGACACAAAAGUCUGCCUGGAUACCUACAACUGCGACCUGCACUUCAAGGUGUCACGGGACCGUUUCAGCGCCUCAUCUCUCACAAUGGAGAGCUUUGCUUACCUCUGGUCCGGAGGGAAGGCUACCUACGGUGUAAACAAAGGCAAAGCCUGCUUUGAGAUGAAGAUAGCAGAGAAAAUUCCUGUGAAGCACAUUUCCAGCAAGAACAUGGAGAUUCAUGAUGUGCAGGUUGGCUGGUCCCUGUCUACUGGCACCCUUCUCCUUGGUGAGGAAGAACAUUCUUAUGCAUACUCUGGGAAAGCCAAGAAGACCACCAACUGUGUGACAGAGGACUUUGGAGAAACCUAUGAGGAGAAUGAUGUCAUCUGCUGCCUUAUUGACUUUGAGGGGGACGAGUUGGUGUUGUCCUUCUCCAAGAACGGCGCGGAGCCGGCCGCCGCUUUCCAGGUCAACAAGGACACUCUGAACGGCCAGGCGCUUUUCCCCCACGUCAUCUGCCACAAUUGUGCCGUGGAGUUCAACUUUGGCCAGAUGGAGACUCCGUACUUCCCUCAGCCCCAGGGUUACACCUUCCUGCAGCAGAUCCCCGUGGAUGAUAGAGUCCGGGGGCUCAAGGGGCCACAGACCAAGGCUGACUGCGAGAUCAUAGUGAUGGUCGGCCUGCCAGGCUCAGGGAAGACCACAUGGGUGAAGAACCAUGUUCAGGAGAACCCCGGGAAAUACUACAUCCUGGGUAGUGACACCAUUGUGGACAAGAUGAUGAUCAACAGCCUGAAACGCCAAUCCAAAGACAUUACAAAAUUGAGCGCCAUUUCCCAGAGAGCACCACUUUUCCUGGGAAAGUUUAUCGAGAUUGCCGCCCGCAAGAAGAGAAACUACAUCCUGGAUCAUACUAACCUGUCUGCCCCAGGCCAGAAGAGGAAGAUGUGCUUGUUUGCAGGCUUCCAGCGCAAGGCCGUGGUGGUCUGCCCCUCUGACGAUGACUACAAGCAGAGAGUCCAGAAGAAGGUUGAGAGUGAUGGCAAAGAAGUGCCGGAGCACGCAGUCUUCAAAAUGAAAGGCUUUUACUCUCUGCCUGAGGAAGGAGAGAGCUUCAGCGAGGUCCUCUACGCCGAGAUGCAGAAAGAGGAGUCCGGCAAGCUGCUGGAACAGUACAAAGAGGAGAGCAAGACGGCUCUGCCGGCCGAGAAGAAACCCAACCAGGGAAGCACAACACCAAAAAGAGGAGGCGGCGGGCCGCGCGGAGGAAGCCGCGGAGGCAAGAACCAGUUUGCCCGUGGCGGUGGACCCGGACAGAGGGGUGGCAACCGCGGAGGCUUCCAGAACAGAGGCAACUUUAGAGGAGCUCCUGGCCCUCGUGGCGGCUUCAACCGUCCACCUCGCGGCUUCCUGCCACCCCCAACCUUCAGAGGAGGGUUCCACAACCGUGGAAACUUCAGCCGAGGUGGCGGCCCCAUUCCCAGUCUGGGCGGAUCCCCCAGGGGCGGACCGAUGAGGGGCAACAUGGGACCCAGAGGGGGGGGUCACAUGAGCAGAGGUGGCCCAAUGAACAGAGGGAACAUGAGCAGAGGAGGAGGAGGUGGAGCCAGCAUGCAUCGUGGUGGAUCCAGGGGACAUCACAACCAGUAUCCGCAGAGAGGUGGUAGCCGUGGCAACUUUGGGAACUUUGGAAACAAGAACGGCAACUAUGGCAACUUUGGCAACAAUAGGAACAGCGGGAACUUUGGCGGCAACAGGAACGGCAUGGACAAGGCCCAAGCCUUCAACCAGAGCUGGCAGCAAGGGUUCUGGAACCAGAAGCCAUGGAGCCAGCAGUAUCAGCCUGGAUAUUACUAAGACACUUGUUGCUGUAACGGACUGGUGGCCGACACUGAGACCCACCGCUAGCCACGGAACAUCCCUCCACCCCGCUCUUUGAUUUUCUUUCUUUUUCCUACAACCCACUUUUAAUAAUCUAAAAAAAAAAAAAACACCAACUGACGAUGCCGACUAACGCGAUAUGGAGCGACAACAUUCCACAUCAGGUCGGAGACCGGGCCACCCUGAGUGUAAUUGAAGCUUUAUAUAUAUCUAUAUACAUAUGUACAACGUGGGUUCAGUCUCAUUCAAUACUGUUUUAUUUCCUUUGUUGUAUAUUUCAUUGUUUUGUUUUCACCACUUUUAAAUGACGUGCUUUUAAGAAAGAAAAAAAAAUGUUUGUAAUAUCAGGAAACAUUUUCGCCAUACCCGGGCAGAUGUUGAGAAAGAUUUUUUUUUUUUUUUUUUCAGGGUUGUGCAUUUUAUCUGUGCUGUGAUUUUUGUUUUGCUUUUUUUAUUACAAAUUGUAAAUAUAUUUUUUUUGCGUAGUUUGUAUGAGACGUUUAAAAAAACAACCUGGUAAUGAUUGAAAGGAACCUUGGCUUAUUAGCGAGAAGCAUGGUAGCGGAUUAUAUUGUUAGGCUGUACAUGUCAAUAGAGUCCACAGUUCAAACUGAAGCAACGGAUGAAUUGUCUUUUGUUCCGAGUAUCAAACCUGUAACCUAAACUCCAUAGAACUACAAUAAACUACUCGUUGGCUUUUUUACAUUCUUCCUGGCUUAUGACUUUUGAUUCGGUUCAAAGGUGUAAAAGACCUUUGAAUGGGCGACGUCCUAGUUUGCUACUUCAAACAGUAAGGACAUCAGCCCCCCCCCCCCUAGUUUACACCUCAUUAGUGAAGUAUUCCCUGUCUUUGAUACAUCCUUUAGCUAUUCUAAUGUACAUUGCUUUGAGAAAGUAUUUUGGUCAAGCCAUUUUAAGGAUCUAAGUAAGCCAUUUAUAGAACAUUUUUGCCUCUUUUUUUAAUUAUUAUUUUUUUUAAAUAAGUCUCUAUUUAUCUUUGAAAUUAGGACACGGACUACGCUUGAUUCUCAGGAGGAAGUGUGGUUCCUAGAUUGUGUCUAUCAGCGGUUCCUUUAGUGCAGUAGACUUCUGAAAAACAGCUCGCACUGAUCAGUCCAACUAAACCAGAACCACACUAGCAUUUUUUAAAACAUAUUUUCACCAUAAAUUUAUAUGAAAUUUCUUGAUGAUGCCAGUUCAGCACAAAAGUGAUUCAAAGCAGGCAGGGUUACUCAUUUUCACCAGCAAACCUAAAGGGCUACACAGUAUUGCAACACAUCCACUAUAGAGCGCAGCAGGGAUGUUUUUGUAAGCCAACCAGGAGGUUAGCAUCGUCCUGGUUCCCUCGACAAAAAGCCAAUUUGAGUGUUCCAUCUGGGUUUUGGAUUAUUGCAGAAAAUAAACUCUGUGGUAAACAAACAUUUAUGAUACUGACACAUUUUGUUCAGCAAGAUAAUCUUCACAAAUGAACACCACUUUUAUGAUUUUUGUAUUGGGAAUGCAAUCAGCAGAAGUAAAAAGCUAACGUUAGGCUACAAAUGAACUACACCGUCGCAUGAGUAUCACAACGAGGCCGUGAAGGUGAACAAGUCGGCGUGAUAAUGUUUAGUGGUCUCAUUUAGCCGCUUGUCAGCAACCGCCUUUUAUAAGGCAUAAAAGCUUCAAAAUACAGAAGUGGAAUAUUUACCGAAGUGUUUUAUAUCGUAGAACAAAAUGUCUUCAGCUUGUGUUAACCACAGACCUUAUUUCAGACAUCGAACUAAAAGCCCGUUGACUUCCAGACGAGGGAACAGGAGGUGCUAAAUGCUAACUCACUUCCUGGUUUUAGGACUCACUCCUGUAGCGCUCUAUUAACACCACCAAUUAACCUUUUUUGCGAAUCGCUCCAGAGUUCAUGUUGGUGACUGUGUGGCCUGGCAAUAAUGGCAGCUCCUCAUCCAACAGCCCAUAAUGUGUCCCACCACAUUAUCCAGGCAGAGGACACCCUGCUUGUGUUUCAACACUAGAACAACAUCCGAGCUGGAGAACACAGUAGAUCAGAUAAAACCCAGUGGCGUGUGUCCCGUUAUUAUUUUUUACCUUCCCGUGUUGAUAUUUAAUAAACAUGUAAAUACUUCACUAUUUCAACCAUGCACGAAUGUUCAUUAAUUAAUUGGCUUGGAGUAAUAACUGUAUUGUGAUUAAGAAAGUGUUAGUUUGCCCGAGUACUGCCGUGUGAUCAAUCGUUAGCUAUAUUUAAAUGUGUGGAGAGUUUGUGCCCUCCUGUUUUAUUGUACUGGAUCCAUAAAUCUAGCUUUGAGUUGACAGUAUAACCUAUAACACAACAGACACUAUAUUUUUAUCGCUUUAUGUUGCAGGUUGUAUAUCAGGUCUUUUAAUAUUAAACCCCCAACAAUGCAAAAGCUUUGAGACUUUUUCAGAUUUGUUGUCUUUUCUAUCUUACAGUUUUUGAUAUUUGUGUUUAAAAAAUUUGGGACUGUAUUUUCUUUAAUUUGUCUCAACUCUAUUAAAGUUAAAGAAGCUGGUG